AGAGACUGGAAGAGAGGGAAGGAGGGUCAGAGUCAGAGGAAGGAAGAAAAGUACUAGCGGGUUUUCCGGUUAUGGACAAAUAGGCAAUAGCUUUUGACACAACACGUGGCUUCACAUCACCCGUCAGAUCCCAAUAGCACGACCCUGAUUCUCCCGUUCCUUGCUGAAGAGAAAGCCAGCACUGUGUGUGAACUGAGAAGAAGUGGCUAGUGACAGGUUUUCAUGUCCCCCCACGCACACACAUACACUCACUCACUCCAUUCUCUCUCUCUCACUCACUCUGAGUUCGAAUCUCAGCUCCUCUGCGUGUGCAGUAAAGUAAAGUAAUGAAAGAGAGAGAGAGAGAGAGAGAGAGAGUUGUGAAUACUGAAUAGUGAUUGUAAUUGAUCAUAAAUGGGAUUUCAACAGUAAAGUAGAUGGUGGCUUGCAGUCUCAUGGCGGCGUAGCAGACACAGCCAGGCUCUAAUUCCGUGCCAUUAUUGCUUUCCUUGCUUGCGCGGACAGACGGACGGAACAGUACACAAAAUCAACUAACCUUUUUUUUUUUCUCAAUUCUCAUUCAUUAAUUCUUUUUUUAUAAGCAUUCUCAAUUUCUCAUUCAUUAAUGAUUGUCUUUUUACUUUCCAUAAACAUUCAUUUUUCCUAAAAAACAAAAAAAAAACAAAAAACAAAAAAUAUCUCAAUAAUAACAAGAAGAUCAACGCCCCCACAUGAAUAAUAAUAGUCAACAACAAGUCCCCUUGAAAAAAAAAGGAAAAAGUUAUAGUGGGGUGAAAAUUAAUAAUAAGCAAAUUAAACCUAGCAAGUUGAGUUGAGUUGAGUUGUGUUGUGCUGUUUUGCACAUGAAAACCCAACAAAAUUACACAUGUAGUACUGCUCCUCCUCCUCUUAACUGUUUUUAAGAUUCGGGAAGGUUCUGAUAUGGAUGUAAGUUUUGAUCAAUUGGGCACAUGAUCAUCAUCACAACAACAUGGCUGGGUUUUUCUCUCUAGGUAGUGGUAGUGGAAGUGGAAGAGGAUCAGCUUCAGCUCAACAAAACAAAGAUCAUGAAGAAGAACAACAAGAAAGAGACCACACUAACAACACUCUCUUAUUCAGAAACGAAGAGAUCUACAACAAAGGCUUCGAGAUAUGGCCACAAUCUUCAUACCACAACCAACAAAACCUCACCAGCUACUACUCUUUUGGUGUGGGACCUAGUCGAAGGAACAACAAUAACAACAACCCUUCUAGCUCGAACGUGAACAACGACGAUGUUUCGGUGUCUUUCUCCGAUGAGUCGACGAGGUUUGGUUUCACGGUGGUGAGACCUGGUGGCGGAGGAGGAGGGUUUGGUGGCGGAGCAAGCGGAGGAAUGAACUGUCAGGACUGCGGGAACCAAGCGAAGAAAGACUGUCCUCAUCUGAGAUGCAGGACUUGCUGUAAGAGCCGAGGGUUUCAGUGUCAAACGCAUGUUAAGAGCACUUGGGUUCCCGCUGCAAAACGCCGUGAGAGACAGCAACAACUCGCUACGUUGCAGAACCAACAACAUUCAAGACGACACAGAGAUGGAAAUCAAGAUGUUGCUGCAGGUUCUCUUGCUCCAGUACCUAUCACUAGCACAGGGUUGGAGCUGGGACAAUUCCCACCUGAGCUUAACUCUCCGGCGGUGUUCCGGUGCGUGAAAGUGAGCGCAAUGGAUGCCCAAGAUGAGCGCUACGGUUAUCAAACAGCCGUCAACAUAGGAGGGCAUGUCUUCAAGGGAAUUCUCUAUGAUCAAGGCCAAGACAAUGCUCCUAAUUACACCAAUGCAGGUGCUGGUGAAGGUUCCCCCGGUGGUGGUGGUGCUAGUGGUGAAGGAGCACCGCCACAAAAUCUCUUAACCGCCACAACUAGUGGAAACCCUUUUGACUCUUCACUCUACCCGGCUCCACUGAAUGCUUUCAUGGCUGGUACGCAAUUCUUCCCACCCCCAAGAUCCUGAAAGACAGUUGCAUGUCUGUGGUCUCCCCCUCUAUCUCUAUCUAUCUCUCUCUAUCUAUCUCUUUCAAAUAAUCAUUUGAAAAAUCAUAGGAUAUUGUAUUGGUUAUUGCUAUUAUGUUUCUUGGGUCUUAUAACAUUAUCAGCUGAAGUAGCUGCUUAUCUAGCUAGACUAGUUUUUCAAGAGUUUCACAAAUGAUUACGACGAUGAUUCAGGGUGCUCGAAAUUAAAGGGGGCUGGCUAGGAUGGAUGUUUGUAUUUUGUUUGUUUGUUCUUGUCCGAAUCCCAGUUCAGAUUUUCAUGUCAUUUUGUUCUUAUCGAAAACUCAACUUUUCAAUUCUAGAUAUAUAUAUAUAUUUUGAUUUUGGUU